GCCACACGCACGCCGGACUAGUGAAGUUUCAGUUUGAAAUACUUAGCGCGCUCUCAAAACUGUGAUUCACGAUGCAAGGUAAAGAAACACAUAAAUCCCGGAAGUGACAGAAUAAUCAAGGAUGUGCUCCUCCUACGGAGCAUAGGCUGGACUCAUGUACGAGUGGAUGGAUGCAACAGCAACACAGACACUGGCAGAUUGUUCUUUACCGGCAAGGGAAGAAUUGAUGACAUUAUGUGAACUGAAUGGUGACUUAAUAACAACACAGUUUACAAAUGAUGAUCUAAGCAAACGGAUUGUACAGGGGUUCGUUUUCCCCAAAGUCACCCUAGCACUUGAGACUCUGUCCUCUUUAGCAACAGAUGAAGAUGCUCCAUCAGCCUUUUUACCAUGCGAUGCUCGUGUGCCUUUGUGGAAGAAAUGCUGGUACUUAUUCAAGGAGCAUGGAACUUGCGGUCUGCUCAAUGAAUUAACCAAGACCAAUGCAGAAGCACCUUGGUUAGUGUCAGCAUUUGCAUGUUACUGUCUGGCAGCUAUCAGAUGGGCAAGCUCACUGCGUGGAUCUUUCUAUCCUCAUAUUGUAUUACCCAUUGAAGAAAUAGUUUCACUGUUUAGCCUAACAUGCAACUGGGAAGAAUCAGCAAUACGUGCUUUUGCUUGGCAUCCUCACACCAAUAAAUGUGCAGUAGCUUGGAAGGAUGAUGCCAUAAGGGUCUUUACAGCAAACAGUGAUGUAGUUCCGACAUUGAAGCAUCGUCUUCAACGUUGCGUGGCCUGCAUGACUUGGAAACCUCUAUCUGCCUCAGAUCUAGCUGUUGCUUGCCAAACGUGUAUCCUGAUUUGGCAUAUAGACCCAUCAUCCCUUUCCACAAGACCAUCUGCAAGUUGUGCCCAGAUAUUGAGUCAGAGUGGCCAUGGUCCUAUAACCAGCCUUGCAUGGGAUCCUAAAGGAAGAAUUCUAGUUUCUGCAUCUCCAUGUGAUACAGCUAUGCAGGUCUGGGAUGUUGCAAGAGAGUCGUGUGUUGCAUUAAGGAGGAGUGGUGGUGGGGGUGUGUCAUUACUACGAUGGUCAGCUGAUAACACAAAGCUCUUUGCUGCUACUCCUUCCAAGAUGUUCAGAGUUUGGGAGACCAGAAUGUGGAGCUGUGAGAGAUGGCUGGAUUUGUCAAGUCGAUGCCAAGCAGCCUGCUGGAGCCCUGAUAGCAACACAUUGCUUUUCUGUACUGAAAAUGAGCCAAUUAUCUAUGGCCUAGGAUUCAAGGAUAUUGGGAUGACCACUGGAGGAGCAAGGGCUGCAGUCCAGUGUGCUGACAUGUCCAAGAUCAUGCUGCAGUGUCAUGGACAAGAUACCAGUGCUGGAGGUGUAAUUCAGGACAUGGCAUGGGAUCCUACCGGUGAGAGACUAGCUGUGUUAUUCAAACCAAGUCAAAAGAACACUCAAGACCUUAUUGCACUCUUCAGCACUCGACUAGAACCCGUGCUAGAAGUCAUUCCAAGUGGUUUUGUGCGUGGUGAGCCAGGACAGAAGCCAGAAUUAAUAUCAUUUCAGCCUAACUUCAGACAAGGAGCACUCCUGACAGUGUGUUGGCAGAGUGGAAAGGUGUCGUUUAUCCCCUUGAUGUUCAUGCCAAGUCAAGCCAUCAAUGAUACAUCAAGCUCAACUUACAAGAACCCCACUCAAACUUCAACUCUUCCAACGGAGCUUUUCUCACAAAGUUAAUCUCAGGCAUUAUUAAAAUAAUGAAACGGUCUACUGUGGUAAUAAAACAGGAUUACACCA